AUGACAGAAACAUUGAAUGAAUCAAAUGAAAUUCAAUUAAUACAUAAGAAAUAUUUCAAUAAUGAUAUAUCUUAUUUAUCAAUUCAACCAAAUUCUUUAAAUAAAUUAAUUGAAUUACUUUAUGAAGCAUUUUUAACAAAUGAAAUUAAUAUUGAUUAUGUUUAUACACUUAUGAAUAAUUAUAAAGGUACAAUGAUUGAAUUGUUACCAUUUAUUAAAUUUCAAUCAAAUUAUUAUACAAGAAAUUUAGUUGAUAUUGGAAAUGGAAAAUUUAAUUUAAUGAUUUUAUGUUGGGCUGAAGGACAAAGUUCAUCAAUACAUGAUCAUACAAAUUCACAUUGUUUUUUAAAAUGUUUACAAGGAAAAUUAAUUGAAACACGAUAUACUUGGCCAACAAAUGAUAAAGAAGAAUCAAUGCAUAUAAUUAAUCGUACUGAAUUAAUUGAAGGACAAGUUGCUUAUAUUAAUGAUUCAAUUGGUUUACAUCGUAUUGAAAAUCCAAGUCAUACAGAAAGAGCUAUUACAUUACAUCUUUAUGUACCACCAUUUGAUUAUUGUCAUACAUUUGAUGAAUGUACAAGUCGUAUGAAUGAAAUAAAAAUGACAUUUCAUUCAAUUCAUGGACAAAUUAACAAGAAAUGA